UGUGUAGCCAUUCCUGAUUUGGUCGAGUGACAGCAAGUACAAAACCUUGGGGUUUUAUUUAUUUUCUUUUUUCUUCUGUUUCUUCACGCUCUUAUUUUUUAAACCCUCCCCCCUCUCUAUUUUUUUUUUCUUGUUGUUUUGCUUCGACAGAGCUUGCACUAAGUAAAAAUAAUAAAUUAUAAUGCUGUCUUCAAACAACUUUAUCAGAGCUGCUAAGGCUUUCGCCCCUGCCGUUAGAACUCACGUUCCUGCACGUACCUAUGCUCAAGCUGGUGCCAACUGGGCUUCUCAAAAGGUUGCCAUGUCUGUUCUUGAACAAGACAAGUUCAUCAACUACCAAAGAAUCGAGGAUAACCUUGAGAUCGUUCGUAAGAGAUUAAACCGUCCUUUGACUCUUUCCGAAAAGGUUGUUUAUGGUCAUUUAGAUGAUGCUCACAACCAAGAUAUUGUCCGUGGUCAAUCUUACCUUAAGCUUCGUCCUGAUCGUGUUGCUUGUCAAGAUGCUACCGCUCAAAUGGCUCUUUUGCAAUUCAUGUCUGCUGGUAUCCCCACUGUUGCUGUCCCCUCCACCGUUCAUUGUGAUCAUUUAAUUGAAGCUCAAGUUGGUGGUGUUAAGGAUUUAGCUCGUGCUAUCGAUAUCAACAAGGAAGUUUAUGAUUUCUUAGCUACCUCCACUGCCAAGUUCGGUCUUGGUUUCUGGAGACCUGGAUCUGGUAUUAUUCAUCAAAUCAUUCUUGAAAACUAUGCCUUCCCCGGUGGUCUUAUGAUCGGUACUGAUUCUCAUACUCCUAACGCUGGUGGUCUUGGUAUGGUUGCUGUCGGUGUCGGUGGUGCUGAUGCUGUCGAUGUCAUGGCUGGUAUCCCUUGGGAACUCAAGUGUCCUAAGGCUAUUGGUGUUAAGCUCACUGGUAAGCUCAACGGCUGGACCUCUCCUAAGGAUAUCAUUCUUAAGGUUGCUGGUAUCUUGACUGUCAAGGGUGGUACUGGUGCCAUUGUUGAGUACUUCGGUGAAGGUGUUGACUCCAUCUCUUGUACUGGUAUGGCUACCAUCUGUAACAUGGGUGCCGAAAUUGGUGCUACUACUUCCAUGUUCCCUUACAACGAACGUAUGGGUGAUUAUCUCCGUGCUACUAACCGUGGUGAGAUCGCCAACUAUGCUAAGCAAUUCGGCCACAACCUCCGUGCCGAUCACGAUGCCAAGUACGAUGAAGUUGUUGAAAUUGAUCUUAACACUCUCGAGCCUUAUAUCAACGGUCCUUUCACUCCUGAUCUUGCUACUCCUCUCUCCAAGUUCAAGGAAACUGCCAUCAAGAAUGACUGGCCUCAAGAGCUUAAGGUUGGUUUGAUCGGUUCUUGUACCAACUCUUCUUAUGAAGAUAUGGCCCGUUCCGCUUCUCUUGUCCAACAAGCCACCGAUCAUGGUGUCAAGGUCAAGGCCAAGUAUACUAUUACCCCCGGUUCUGAACAAAUUCGUGCUACCAUCGAGCGUGACGGUAUUAUGGAUACUCUCACCAACGCUGGUGGUGUUGUCCUUGCUAACGCUUGUGGUCCUUGUAUCGGUCAAUGGGAUCGUCAAGAUAUCAAGAAGGGAGACAAGAACUCCAUCAUUACCUCUUAUAACCGUAACUUCACUGGUCGUAACGAUGCUAACCCUCAAACUCAUGCUUUCGUCGCCUCUCCCGAGAUCGUCACUGCUUUGACCAUUGCUGGUGAUAUGCACUUCAACCCCAUUACCGAUUCUCUCAUCGGUGCUGAUGGUAAGCCUUACAAGCUCGCUGCUCCCAACGGUAACGAACUCCCUCCCCGUGGUUAUGAUGCCGGUGAGAACACUUACCAAGAGCCCCCUGCUGAUCGUUCCAACGUCAGCGUUGCUGUUGACCCCAAGUCCAACCGUCUCCAACUCUUGAAGCCUUUCGAGAAGUGGGAUGGUAAGGAUAUCACUGAAAUCCCUAUUCUUAUUAAGGUUAAGGGUAAGUGUACUACUGAUCAUAUCUCUAUGGCCGGUCCUUGGUUGAAGUUCCGUGGUCAUUUGGAUAACAUCUCCAACAACUUCUUGAUCGGUGGUCUUAACAUUGCCAACGAAAAGGUCAACUGUGUUGAAAACGCCUUCACUGGUGAAUUCAAGGGUGUCCCCGAUACCGCUCGUGACUACAAGAAGGAUGGUGUCAAGUGGGUUGUUGUCGGUGAUGAGAACUACGGUGAAGGUUCUUCUCGUGAGCAUGCUGCUCUUGAGCCCAGAUUCCUUAACGGUGCUGCCAUCAUUGUCAAGUCUUUCGCUCGUAUUCACGAAACUAACUUGAAGAAGCAAGGUAUGCUUCCUUUGACUUUCACCAACCCUGCCGAUUAUGACAGAGUUGACCCUAAGGAUAAGGUUUCCAUCAUUGGUUUGACCGAAUUCGCUCCUGGUAAGCCUUUGACCAUGCGUCUCACCAAGGCCGAUGGUAAGACCGAAGAUAUCUCUUUGUCUCACACCUUCAACGAGGGUCAAAUUGAAUGGUUCAAGUCUGGUUCCGCUCUUAACCUCAUGAAGGAAAAGUCUGCUGCUGCUUAAAUUCUUUAAUUUUACAAUUAAAGAAAUGAAUUUAUCAAAAUGUAAUUAAUCUAAUAAAAAUGUAUAGAAAAAAAUUCGGAUAAUACAAUAA